UCUGAGGCACGGUGUCAUGCGACUUCCGCAUUGUGGCGUCAUAUUGAGGGAAUUAUGUUCAUACAAACACCGGUAACAAGGAAAUGACAGCUUAAGGGAUUGAGUACAGCUGAGCUACUGUAUUGAGGGUAUGUGUACCGUCUACUCCAGCCAAGUAAGUCUAUGAUAAGAGACCUGAUACAAUGGCUGGUUUGCUGAAGAACUUUGUCGGUGGCAUUAUCAAUGCUGCCUCGGCCAACAUCAACCCAUACAAGGUUCAAGCCAGCAAUGCUGAUACAUACAGGGGCUUCCAAGUGAUAAAUCGUGAGGAAUGGCUGUUCCUGUACAAGCGGCCAGGAUGCUACGAGUGUGUCCUGAUGAUGACAGUCACGAGCAAGUGCUACAGUAUAUUCCGUAUCAUGAUGGAGGGUGAGGCGUUGUCCCAGUUCAACAUCCUGGCCCCGAAGAUGGUGUGCCUUGUAAGCAGCAGCAGCAGCCUGAACCAGGAGGACGUGUUGCAGCGGGUGAGCGACUGUAUCCGCGAACACCCCACCUGGACCGCAUGCCACAUCGCCGCCUACACUGGCCUCUACGAGUGCUUCAGACAUGAAAUUAUCAGAAGUGCGAUCAACACGGUGUGUAGUGCAACAGGAUUGUCUCCCCUGAUGACCAGCGUGCAGGGCAAGCAGAUGCAGUGUUUACAGGAGCUGCUGAUGUUGGGAGCCAGGAUCGAUGUCAACGACAAGUAUGGCCUCACCGUGUACCACCACGCUGUCCUCAGCUUCCCAUCAUGCCUCUCAAUGGUGGCCAGUCAUGACAAGGAGGGAGUCGUGAACUGGCUAGACGGGCGAGGAGAGACGCCAUUGUUGAUGGCAUGUAAGAAGAAACUACCAGAGGCGACAGAGAUGUUGCUGCACGUCGGUGCUGACCCCAAGAUAUCGGCCACUUCCUGUUUGCCUGUGCACGCAGCUGUUGAUGCUGGUGAUGUCAGGUCACUGGAGCUGAUCUGUCGGUCCCAUCCUGACCAACUGGGCGCCCGGGAUCACAAGUAUGGGGGUACCCCACUACACUGGGCAAAGUCAAAGGAGGUGAUAGAGUUCCUGGCGCAUGCUGGAUGUGACAUGAACUCCAUGAGCAACACACAGGAUAGUGCGCUACACGUGAUGAUCUUCACCCAGCGUCUGGACUGUCUCAUGACAAUGUUGUGCUACGGCGCAGACUGCAACAUGGCCGACAAGAAUGCAGAGACGCCUCUACACUGGGCAGUGCAGCAAGAUGAUAUUGAGUUUGUUCGGACGUUCGUUGUGUUUGGAGCCAGUGUUAACUUGAGGAACAAGAACCGGCACACAGCUCGACAUCUGGCAGCCGUGUCUAAAGGAAAGAAUAAGGAUCUCAUCCUGUACUUCCUGCAUGUGUCGGGGGGCAAGCGUUGUGGCGUGGACGUCAAGGGCUGUCUUGCUGGCUGUGUACCCGAGGGCACCCACAAUGGCAUCCCCGACCCGGUCAUGAGGGGUCUUCUGAGAGUGGAUAGCGUAGCUCUGUUUGAUGAGAUGUUGUCUGCACACGUCCCGACUGACGCUACUAUCGUCCACAAGGCGGGGUCGGUGUUAGACAUGGUGGAUGCUCCUUCCCAUAUCGGAGAUCGGGUGUUGUGUCUGGAUGGGGGAGGUAUCCGUGGCUUGGUGCUCAUACAGAUGCUGAUGGAGAUCGAGGCUGCCUCAGGACGACCAAUCAAAGACUGCUUUGACUGGAUAGGCGGGACCAGCACUGGUGGUAUUCUUGCUCUCGGCAUUGCCAGGGGGUUUUCCCUCCAGUAUCUGAAAGGUGUGUAUUUCCGCUUGAAAGAUGAAGUUUUUAAGGGCAGACGACCUUACUCAUCAGAGCCGUUUGAGGCCAUGUUGAAGAGAGAGUUUGGCGAGACACCUGUGAUGACUGACAUAGUACAUCCAAAAGUGCUGGUGACGGCUGUCCUGGCAGACCGCAACCCUGCAGAGCUGCACAUGUUCCGCACCUACAGGAAGUUCCUGAAGACCCCCCACAGAGACGACAAGGACGUGAAACUGGUGGAGGUUCAAGAACCUGAGAAACAGCCAAUAUGGCUGGCAGCACGGUGUAGUGGAGCAGCACCCACCUACUUCAGGGCGUACGGCAAGUUCCUGGACGGCGGGCUCAUUUCCAACAACCCCACCCUAGACAUACUGACAGAGAUCCAUGAAUACAACCUGGGACUUAAACAAAAUGCUACUGUAUCGGAGGGGAGACCUGUGGACCGAGCCCGUGCAUGGUGCAGCAUGAUCAACGUCCCUUUCUACCGCUACAGCCCACAACUCUCGGAAAAUGUAGCGCUUGAUUGCCAUGACAACUCCAAACUAAUCAACAUGAUGUGGGAAUCUCACUGUUACAUGGUUGCCAACCGACACAGGAUUGAAGAACUUCGCCACCAUGCUUAA